GGCCACCGGGUCCUUCUGCAGGAGUUCGGCGUCGAAGGUCACCCCCCGGAAGAAAGGGUGGUCCUGGAAGUGGUGGAGGUAGCGCAGGCGGCGCAGGGGGUUGUGGCACAGCAGCUCGGCCAGCAGCCGGGCCAGCGCGGGGCUGAGUGCAGGGGGGCUCGCGUAGCUGCUCCGGUUGACGCGCUCCAGCAUGGCCACAUGGUCCCCCGCCGGUGCCACCGGGAACUCCCCACUGGCCAGGGCGAAGAGCAGGACUCCCAGGGACCACCAGUCGGCUGCGUGGCUGUAGGGGCCCCCGCUCAGCACCUCUGGGGCCAUGUACUGCAGGGUGCCGCAGAUGGUGUGGGCCCGCUCGCCCCACCGCAGGUGCCGGGAGAGGCCAAAGUCGGCGAGUUUGAGGUGCCCUCUCUCAUCCAGGAGGAUGUUCUCCAUCUUCACGUCUCUGUGCACGAUACCCAGGUCGUGGAGAUACACCAGCACCAGCACCAGCUCGGCGGCGAACAGGCGGACGGUGGCCUCGGCGAAGCGCCCGGCGGCGCGCCACAGCGCGUGCAGGUCCCCGGUGCUGCAGUAGGUGCACAUGAUGAAGAGGUGGCGCUGGCCCUGCCAGCUGUCCCCCAGGCCGUGGACAAACGGGUGCCUGACCUGUCUCUGGAUGCUGACUUCUUCCUUGCACUGCUUCAGGGUGUCGCGGCGCAGCACCUCCACUUUGGGCAUGACCUUGACGGCGCAGACCUUCUCCCGCCCGCAGUCCAGCACUUUCAGGAUGGUCCCGAAGGAGCCUUUGGCCACCAAGCCCAGGAUCUUGAGCUGCUGCUGGCGGCCGGAGGGGCGAACGGGGAACUCCGGCAGGAAGAGCGAGACGAGCUGCGGCAGCGGCCAACCGGGCAGCGGCGGCUCCUCGGCGGCCAGGGCGAGCCCCGGUACCGGCCCCGGCCCCGGCCCCGGCCCCGGUCCCGGUCCCGACCCGGCGCGGCGCAGCAGCGCCCGUACCCACGGCCCCACGGCGCGGCCCUGCGGACCCGGGGGCAGCCCAGCCCCCCAGCCCCACGGCUGCCCCCAGCUUCAGGGGACAACGGGGUAACGGCAUCCCAGGGUCCCUGA